UUAUGUUGGUAAGAGGCCAAAGAAAUUGAGAGAGAAAUUCAAUUUUGCGAAAUAAUUAAGGAGAGCCAAAGAAGAAAAAAUGGGGGCAUGGGAACAUCAAUUGCCUGCCAUUGGAGUGGUUUCCAUGCAAGUUUUGUAUGCUGCUAUGGCUCUUCUUAAUAGGGCUGCCCUUGUUAAGGGCAUGAGUCCUAGGGUUUUUAUUUUCUAUAGGCAAACUAUCGCGACUUUGGUGAUUUCUCCCAUUGCUUACUUUACAAGAAGGGGAAGAUCUAGUACUAUGCCAAGUAUGGGUUUUAAGAGCUUUCUUUUGGUGUUCAUCACAGCUUUCAUUGGGGUUACUCUGAAUCAGAACAUGUAUUUUGAAGGGUUAUAUUUGGCUUCCUCAUCAAUUGCAAGUGCAACAUACAACUUGAUCCCUGCCGUCACCUUUAUGACUGCGGCGGUUGUCGGGUUGGAGCAAGUGAACAUAAGGACAUUAAGCAGUGCAGCAAAGAUACUAGGAACAACCUUCUGCGUGGUAGGAGCGAUUUCUAUGGCGUUGUUGAGAGGUCCUAAGCUACUUAAUACUCAACUUCCACCACUCAAUUCUGCAUUGCUGCAGUUGUAUGCGGUUGACAACACCUGGUUCUUGGGUGUUCUAUGUCUCCUUGCUAGUAGUUGUUGCUGGUCCUUUUGGCUCAUUUUGCAGGUGCCAGUUAAUGCGCGUUACCCUGAUCACAUAUCCCUCUCAGCAUGGAUGUGUUUCCUAUCAAUGCUGCAAACUGGUGCUGUCGCCUUGUUCUUAGAGCCUGAUCCUGUUUCUUGGAAUUUAAGUUCGGGCCUUGAACUCACUUGUUGCAUUUUCUCGGGAGUUAUGGGAUCAGGGGUACAAUUCUUCAUUCAAUCCUGGUGUAUCUCGCGUAGAGGUCCAUUUUACUCUGCUAUGUUCACUCCUCUAGCCACUGUUAUAACUACUGUACUAGCCUGUAUUUUUCUCCGCGAAGAAAUUUACCUUGGCAGUUUACUAGGUGCUAUCGCUGUGAUCAUUGGCUUAUACGUCGUGUUGUGGGGCAAAUCAGAAGAGCUAAGGGAAAAUCUGGUUCUUGCAUCAGAAAAAUGUCCAACUAUAAUAGCCCAAGAAAAGAUAUGUGGUAAAAUUGAUUUGGAGCAACCACUUUUGACAGCUGAUAAUAAUACUACCGAUAAGGAUUAUGUUAGUUGAUUGUAGAGUUGUAAAAUCACAUUCAAUUUUGUGAUCAAAAUUGUACUAGCUAGGUGGUGUUCAUUAGUACAUAUCUCCAUAGAAUGUAUGUGUAAUGGAUGCAUUUUGAUAGUGUAUUAUUAGUCAAUUAAUUUUGCUAUCUUCA